CUUUUCUGCAGGUCCCCGGCUCGCCGACAGAGGGAGACAAACACAAGCCUGUCCUGAUGGAGAGUUGGUGUAACACUGUCUUAAGCCUGAGGGGGCAGAAUGCCGGAGCAGAGCAACGACUAUCGUGUGGUGGUGUUCGGGGCAGGGGGAGUGGGGAAGAGCUCCCUGGUCCUGCGCUUUGUGAAGGGCACCUUCAGGGACACCUACAUCCCCACAGUAGAGGACACCUACCGCCAGGUGAUCAGCUGCGACAAGAGCGUGUGCACGCUUCAAAUCACCGACACCACAGGGAGCCACCAGUUCCCAGCCAUGCAGCGCCUGUCCAUCUCCAAAGGCCAUGCCUUCAUCCUGGUCUACUCCAUCACGAGCAAACAGUCCCUGGAGGAGCUCAAACCCAUUUACCAACAGGUCCUGGCCAUAAAGGGCAACGUUGAGGCCAUCCCCAUCAUGCUCGUGGGCAACAAGAGCGACGAGACCCAGCGGGAAGUGGAGACCAAGGACGGGGAGGCUCAGGCCAACCAGUGGAAGUGCGCCUUCAUGGAGACAUCAGCCAAGACCAACCACAACGUAACCGAGCUCUUCCAGGAGCUCCUCAACCUGGACAAGAAGAGGAACAUGAGCCUCAACAUCGACGGCAAGCGCUCGGGGAAGCAGUCCCGCGCCGAGAGACUGAAGGGCAAAUGCAGUGUAAUGUAAAUCCAGGAGAGAAGGAGAGGGGAGGUGGAGGCGAGAGAGGGGGGAGGAAAUACAGAGAA